AUUCUGAGGCGAUCGCCGCCGACGCGCCCACCGACGAUCGUCGCCGUCGCGCGGCACCGCUCCUGCCCCAGCUCUCCGCGCCGCGCUGUCCUCCGCCGCGAGCGCGCUGCACGCGUGGCCUCGUGGCCCACCAUGGACGUGAGGAGGGAGCAGAACAUGGCGUCGUCCUCCUCCGUAUCGAGUUGGCGGGUCACGUACGCCCUCCGGCCGUUCGCCGGCGGCGGCCGGAACCUCCCCUUCCUCGACGGAGUGCUAAUCAUCCACCACGCCAAGGGGCGCCUUCUCCUGCUUGAUCGCUCAGAAUUCGUGGUUGAUUCGAGGAGGCUUGGGGAGAGGGAAUCGGUUGGAUUUGGCGGCCCUGUUGCUCUUCCGCGCCAUGAUGUCCGAGUUCCCCCCAGACCCCUGCCGCCAAGCUCCCUCUUCGGCGCCGAAGCUCGGCAUGGACGCCGACAAUCGGGAGGUAAUGCGAUUCCGGCGCGCGCCUCGGUCGCGUCUGGAUCGGCUCCCUUCCCUUCAUCGAUUGAGGAGCUUUUCUACAAAGUUGCUCCGACCAGAAAUCCGCUCCGCCUGAGCUCACCGGAGCCGCCGCGUCCGCGCGGUGGUCAUAUUAUUGAUCCUGGAAGAUGGGGCUCGUGUGGAUUGUUGGGGGCCUCUCCGAGUGCUACCACAGCCAUGGCGGAAGGCCCAGUUGCUAUUGCUAAAUUGGGCUUGAGCCCAGCUGCUACCACAUCCAUGGCGGCCAUGGAUGGAGAUCGUCACACGUGUCCUGCGAGCGAACAUCCAUCGUCCAUCGUCAAUGGCAGUCUCCAGCAAGAGGGCCCAGGAAAACCUAGCGCCUAUAUAUCCUCAGAUCGAGACGCCGCCGCUGGUUUUGACCUAGAUCUCAUCCUCAGCCAUUUCUGGGACAAAUCCAGGGUUCCUCCUCAUCCUCCCCCACAAAUUUCUGAUACCUUCGGCUGGUGGCGCGGCAAGGUUGCCGGAGAUCUUCGCUCCUUCGCGCAAGUCGCCGCCUCUCCUCCGUCGAUGGGCGAUGGCGGGGGACGGUUUGGCGGCGGCAGAGGACGCAACCAUCCCAACCGGGGGCGCGGCCGCAACGUCUGGCAGCGGGAGGACGCGGCGCAGACCUCCUCCACCAACCUGCGUGGCUCCAACUCUCACUCUCAGCAGUCCAAUGAUCGAUGGGAGGCUGCGGCGUGGGAGUCGGAGAAGCGCCGCCAGGAGGCUCCCGCCAUUGCUGGAGGUAACACCGGUACUACUCAAGGGGCCGGAGCCAGUUCCCUAAUGGCGGCCGGUGACCCAGCUCCCUGUCUCAAUUGCAACCUUACUGGCCAUUACACCGCGCGGUGUCCCACGAUCCGCUGCGACCGCUGUAAAAAACUUGGGCAUAUUGCUCAGAUCUGUCAGACCAUCCUACCCUGGGAAUGUACUCCUUCUAUGUGUGGAUUCCAGGCCCCUGGUCGUGGUUUUUUCUAUAUGCCUGAUCUAAGUUCCUCCAAAUUGGUCAAGGAAAGAGCCACCAGUGUGGUCAUUACUAUCAUUGAGGGGAAUGCAACCUGUAGAGAGAUUGAACAAUCUUUUAACAUGAUUUUUGGGGAUAGCUGGAGAUGCACUGCCAGGGCUAUUGGUCCGAAUCAGUACACUAUGCGGUUCCCUACGCCUCGUGAAGUGGAAAGAGCAGUGUGCUACGGUGCAUCCAUGAAGCUCAAGACAGCAGAUGCGACUGUUAACCUCUCACCAUGGACGGCUUCGGUCGGAGCUAAAGCUCAGCUUCAGAAAGCCUGGGUAAAAAUUAGCAACAUUCCCCUGGACAAGAGAUGUGAAGCUAAUGUGUUCUAUGCUGGAGGCCUUGUGGGUGUAUCCCUUGAUCUGGAGGCUUCCGCUCUGCAUAAACCUGAGUAUGUCAAAGUCUUGAUUGGCUGUAGAGACAUUGAGAUGAUUCCUGCAAGUGCUGAAGGUUGUCUUGGUGAUAAUUUCUAUGACUUUUACUAUGAGGUGGACAAGAUUGUGGUUGGAGGAAAACCUAGAGAUUCUUCAAACAUUGCGGCGGGCAAUACGGGUGCUCCUUCCCCGAAGAGGCCAAGAUUCGAGCAGAGUAACAUUGUUACUGAAGAUAAUUCUGAUACUCAGCUUAUGAGCAGUCAAACUGAAUCUGUUCACCAGGGUCGCCAGCAUGAGAAUGUUACCAUUACUGAUGUUACAGUUGAAGUGGAUACUCAGGAAUCAGAAGAUGAUAGCGCUGGUGGUGAACUCCUUAUUGAAACUAUUACCAGAGAACAUGAGGAUGCUCUGCGCCAGUCUGGUACGUCUCCUAAUAAGUGGCUUAUUCCCUGCCCCAUUCUUAAUGACAGCAAUAAUUUGCCCUGCAAUUCUCUGACCCCUACGACUGCUCCCACUUCACCCUUGCUGUUACCGUUUUCUCACUCUCUCUCGGAUGAAACCUGGCCCCCGCUUCCUGUGAUAACUGAUGUUACUGACAUGGUAAACUCCCCUACGAACAUGUCCUCAGAUUAUCUGGUCCAAUCGCCUGAGUUAUCUGCGGGAGACAAUGAGGAAGACACUCAGGAGGAGCAGGCUGUCCCAAGAUACAGCCGCAGAUGCCCAGAAGAGGAAAACGCGAACAUCAUGGACAAGGUGGAGAGGGUGGCCAGGAAGAGAAACUUGGAAGGUUUACAAAAAGCUGAGGACAAAGGCUUUCUGAUCGAAGGCGUGGAGAAGAUGACACAGGCGGCGGCGACAGUCUACUCAAGGCGCACAACAUCUUCGUCGAACCAGAGGCAGCUGCUGUUGAUCAAGGGAGCCUAAAUUUUGAUGAUCUGGCUAUCCGGGUUUGCUGAAAGAUUGAAGAGGAUCUCAGGCUUUUGCUGCUAGAAAACUGCUGCUUCCUUUGCUCUUUUGUUCUCGCUGUUCCCUUAGUAUGUGUGAUGUGAACCUGUUUGUCUAGAACUUGUUAUUGGUGGUGUCAGGUUUUUGCCCCAUAGUGGAUAUCUCGAUGUCGAGUAUUCACAGUGGGUUUCCUGGCGCUGCCCCAGCUCGCUUCCCUUCUCCCUAUCCCCUCUCUAUUGUAACAUAACUGAACUUGUUCUUUCCGUUUUUGCAAUGGAAAGGGGUGGAAGCCCGGUUGGAAAAAAAA